AUGGCUCCAUCAACGGGAAACAUUGAACGAGUACUGAUCGAGCUUCGCCCGCGGCUGCAGAGUGCCAACUUUUUCAUCUCCUUCCGGCGUAAAUUUGCCGAAUCCGACUCCACCACCAUCGACCUAGCGAACGAUCGUUUAACGAUCGGGACUAAGGGUGAACAUGAAAAGUAUGAGAUACGCGUUGGCGACUUUUUCAAACUGCACACCCAAACGCUCAGUUCGCUGGUGAUCAAGAACCAAUAUCUGUGCUUCCGGGUUAACACAAACGAAAACGAUUUCGGAACGGAGCUGCUGGGAUUUCAGCGCGAUGGAAGCACCACGACAGGCGACGAAUUGCCACGGUUGCUAUGUAACAUCGAACCGAGUAAGCGAUAUCGCCUGCUGUGUAACAACUGCCGAGGGCCUAUGGAUGAUGCCACGGAAGGCAUACUGUUCAAUCGAGUGCUCGAGCUUCCGUCGGAGCAAAUGGAUAGUGAAGAUUGGUUCUGUCACCGUCAUGAUCAUCAACAUCAGCAAGGUGAGCCGGAGGGAAGUGACCAGCUGCAACCUGAAAGUGGUGAUUACAAAUCGAAACUAGAGCCUCAACGGAACGACUUACUGUUCGGCAGUUUCUACGCCUUGCUCCAUCGCUCCGUAUUACCACGCAUUCACAUUCGCAACAACCGGUUUCUGUACUGCAAACGGUGUCUUCAGUACCUAGGCACCACUCGGAAGAAUAGCUCCAGUGUAAAACUGUGGUACGAGCACAUUCGCUUUCAGCAAGUGGAUUCAAACGAGCAGCUAGUUCGGUCACUUUUCAAUACGAGCGAUUCACUUAAGUUGUUCCGUCUCCUGGUACGCAAGACAGUGCGUGAAUUCAACAUUGUAUCUAGCUUUGGACUACCACCGAUGAUGAAGCUGAUGUUCGAACUACGUCGCCCCGGCCUGGAGGGAGACGUCUUUUACUUGCUGCUACAAAUCAUGGACAGCCAACUGAGCGUUUUUCGAAUCGAUCAGAAACGUGUUGAUGAAGCGUCUGGUGGCUCGUGCUCCGACGACGUUGAUGAUCAUCGAAGGAGUCUCGUAGUUACUAAGGAGAACGGAGAACGGUCAGAACCAAAUGACAAUCACAUCCAUGCUGCUGCUGAGAAAGAAAUUGACCAAAACGCUGAUGAUGAUGAUGACGAGGACGACGACGUGUUCAUAGAAAGUCGGUGCCAACGGCAUAGCAUUCACCUGGAGCAGCAACGUGCAAUGAAGUUGAUGUAUCAGUACGAAAAAUACGAUCAACAGCCACUGUUCAACCUCUGGCGGGAGGAUAGUAACGUGGUUAGUCUAGAAAUCUCGGAACCCAUGUUUACCGCUGCGAUACACUAUCUGGAUCGGAACUCUAGCUACGUACCGGAGUGUUACCGCGUGAAUUUGGGCUUCACAUUGAGCUAUCUCGAUAUUACCUAAUGCAAGGGCGAACAAUUCGGUCAAUGGAUUAGGAUGAAAACCAAAAUUAUCGCCAAAGGAGAUGUAAUUGUUUGUGGCAGGCAGCUUCCCAAUAAAUUGUUU